AUGACCGUCCCGCCGCGACAUACGGAUGCACAGCCUAAACGUAAGCCCUUCGGAAUCCCAGUCCGCGUCCCUGAGCCUCAGCGUCGCCCCACUUCCAGUCCACCCAGGGGAUCGAGCAACACCAUCGGGGCAGUGCUGACAUCCGGAACCCGGACUGCAGCCGGCGCCUGGGUCCCUGUGGUCCUCGCGGGCGGUUCUGCGCUAGUGGUUCCGUACUCCUGCUAUUCCUGCGGCUGGAGUGGGGACGGCGGCUGCGGCCCCUGCUCAUCGGCCAACCGUUGCACCGGGGCGGCGUCGUCUAGCGACAACGCGCCCACACGACGCAGUACCUCUCCUGCCGAACACGCCUCCGCAUCCAGCGCUUCCGCUCCGGUCAUCGUCAUCGGUAGUGCUGCUCCUGCGACCGGUGUCGAUGUCGUCGGCAACGACGCCUCCCGCGGCUCAACAAGAACCUCGUCAGAGCCAAUGACGAGGGAGUCUGCUGCCGCUUCAGACUCCGACGCCGUCGCCAGACCGACCAUUGUCCCGUCAGCGAACCCCUCGACCUGUGUGGCGGCAUCAACCGCGAGGCUGCUCGUUCCGUCGCUGGCGGCGCUGCUGCUGCUGCUCCGGAGUCCGCUGCUGCUGCUGCUGCUGCCCGGUGCUGGCAGUCUGUAUCGCCCUCUACGGAUUGGGACUGUGAUGUGGAACCUAACGCUGUGGCCGGGGCCGCGGACAUCGCUGCAGGUGUAG